AUGAACUCGUUUGCCAAAUAUUUUCUCGUUUUCUCCUUCAUCGAAUUUCGCCGACGACAAGAACGACAUCUUCUCACGAACAUCAGCCGUUGGUUGAUCUUCGCAAAACUUGAUGAUGCAUCAAUUCAAUCGAAUCAGAUCACAUCGUUGACUAAAUUGUGCUCGAAUGCAUUAGUUUUAGUUGAUCAAAUAACAUUCGAAUGGUUUCGGAUGAUCAAUCUCAUCGGACAUUUAUUUUGUUCCCUAGAUCAUCCGACAAUCAAACGAAUCAAUGAUGAAAAUCUAUUCGAAAAUAAUAAACACAAACAUUUGGUAAUCAUCCUGAGUGAACCAAUUGCAAUAUCUCGUUUGAAUCAGAUUUGUACUCAACAUUCAUUUGAUUCAAUUGUGUUAUUAACAAGUUCAUCAACAUUGAUUCACGAUUCGAAUAAUGAACUCGACGAACAUCUAUUCGAUUUAUUACAAUUAAAAUAUCUACAGUUUCCAUUCGUAACAAUUACAGACAAUUUCUUUUUAACUCCAACACUUAUUCCAUAUCGAUUACCGUCGAUUGAAACAUUAACGUCGCUCACUCAUGAAAAGAUUAAAACAAUUACCUCAUUCGAUGACAUCUUUCAUGCCGAUGAAAUGAAAACUAUCCGAACCUACGCUGAGAUGCUAAACACAUUAAUGACGAGUAUGAAUGCAUACGAAGAUGUUUUCACGCUUGGUCCAUUAAGUCAUAUUAUUGGCCGAGAAUAUACACAAACGAAACAUACAAAACAACGGCGACGAUCCGGUGAACGUAAAAUCGCACUUCUACUAAUCGACCGACAGUUAGACUUGGCGACACCAUCAUCUCAUCAGCUGGAUACAUUACUUGCACAAGUGAUUCAUUCGUUACCGAAUAUACGCAUAAAAAGUGUUGAUCAGUGCCAACAACGAACGAUUGAUGUUCAAAUCGACACACGAGCGUUAUUGAAGAGUUCAUCAGUGAAGUUUGAGAGUGAUUAUAAUUCAUAUUUAUUCGCGGAUAUGAAACGACGUGUGGAGAAUGUCGAUAUCAAGUCAAUAUUUGAUAAUAUCGUGUAUUCCAAAUCGAAAAUAGCCACAAGUGAAGUCUUCAGUCAUUUACUCGAAUCUCUGAUUUAUAACAAUUUGGAGACGAAAAUUAAGUCUGUAAAAGUCUCUGCGGCGGCAAUCAGUGCUUGUCUAGAAAAAUUUCGACAAUCGCCGAUAACUGUCUGUAAAAACUACGAAUUAUUAGUCAUGUCCUGUUGUUUGAUGCAAUUACUGGAUUCAGUUAGUCAAAACCAAAAACUCGAACGUUUAAUUGGUCUUGAAAAAAUUCUUGUCCAAGCUUUGACAACAAAUGCAGGUCCUAGUCCAUAUUCAAUUGUAUUGCAAACAUUGAAAGAAGAUCUGGCGAAAUCUGAAGAACAACGGCAAUUGAAAUUGAUUGAUUAUGUUAUUCUACUCGUUCAUAUUUAUUCACUCGCUGGUAAUGAUGUUUUCUACGGAAAGGAAGAAAAGGAUCGUAUACAUAAAUUGAUUGGAAAGGAAAUUCUCACAGAUUCAUCAUUUACUACCGAACUUCGUCAUGAAAUGAAAACAUUGGGAUAUUCGUUAGAAAUCGAACACGUUCUUGAUGUUAUUUAUGAACAGCUUGAUUUAUUAUCGUCGUACAAACGUCGUUAUAAACAUUUGAAUUCACUAAUCGUUCAAGGUAAUGAUGAACAACCGACAUAUCGUCAAUCCAUACUUAAACAAGUAUUCGAUCUAUACAAACGAGGUAGUAAUGCAAGUCAAUCUCGAUCAUCAGCGUCGGCAAAUCAACAGGAACAAUUCUUACAAGACAUUGAACAUGUUCCAUUCGAUGGAUUCACAGAUCUGUUUAAAAGUGCGACAAGAGGAUUCUUUGGUGAUACAAAACCAACAUUAGUUAGUAACGAUUAUUCGGCAAUAGUUGUUUUCAUUGUGGGCGGAAUCACAACACAAGAAAUACAGCUUGUUCAAGAAUAUAGUCAACAAAUAAAGAAACAAAUUAUCAUUGGCUCGUCGGGUAUCAUGAAAGCAGAAGAUGUGUUAUCCAUGUUAUUAAGUUAA